AUGAAAAACAAUUCGUUUGUCCCCACUAGAUCCCCCCCUCCUCCCCUUCCUCUCCUUCCCCAUCCUCUCAAUCUCCUUUCCAACCCUCUCCUUUUCCCUUCCUCUCCUAUCUCCUCCUCUCCUUUCCCCCACUCACCUUUCCCCUCCUUUCCCUUUCCCCCCUCUCCUUUUCCUCCCUCUCCUUUUCUCCCCUCUCCUUUUCCCCCAUAUCCUUCCCAACCUCUCCUUUAUCCCACUCUCCUUUUCCCCCCCGUAUCCUUCCUUCUCCCUCUCUCCUUUCCCCACUCUCCUUUUCCCCCCUCGCCUUCCCCUCCCUCUCCUUUCCCCUCCUCUCCUUUCUUUUCCCCCUCUUCUUUCCCCGUCUCUCCUUUCCCCUCUCUCUUUCUCUCCUUUCCCCCCCUCUCCUUUCCCCCCUUCUCCACCCUUCUCCUUCCCCCCACUCUCCUUUUCCCCCGUCUCCUUUCCCGACCUCUCGUUUCCCCCCCUCUCCUUUUCCUCCCUCUCCUUUCCCAUCCUCUCCUUUUCCCCCCUCUCCUUUCCCCCCUCUCUUUUUCCCCUUCUCCUAUUCCCCCCUCUCCAUUUCCCCCCUCUCAUUUCCUCCCCUCUUCUUUCUCAUCCUCUCUUUUCCCCCCCUCUCAUUUUCCCCCUCUCUCCUUUCCUCCCUCUCCUUUUCACCCUCUCCUUUCCCCCCCUCUCCUUUUCCCCCUCUCUCCUUUCCUCCCCUCUCCUUUCCCCCCCCUCCUUUCCCCUCCUCUCCUUUCCCCCCCUCACCUUUCCUCCCCUCUCUUUUCCUCCCCUCCCCUUUCCCCCCUUCUCCCUUCCCCCUCUCUCCCUUCCCCCCUUCUCCCUUCCCCCCCUCUCCCUCCCCCCCCCUACCCUUCCCCCUCCUCUCCUUUCCUCGCCUCUCCUUUCCUCCCCUCUCCAUUCCCCCCCUCUCCUUUCCCUCUCUCUCCUUUUCCUCCCUCUCCUUACCCCCCCUCUCCUUUCCUCCCCUUUCCUUCCCCCACCUCCCCUUUCCCCCCUCUCCUUUCUUCCCCCUCUCCUUUCCCCCCCUCUCCUUUUCCCCCUCUCUCCUUUCCUCCCCUCUCCUUUGCCCCCCUCUCCUUUCCCCUCCUCUCCUUUCCCCCCCUCUCCUUUCCUCCCCUCUCCUUUCCUCCCCUCCCCUUUCCCCCCUUCUCCCUUCCCCCUCUCUCCCUUCCCCCCUUCUCCCUUCCCCCCCUCUCCCUUCCCCCCCUGUCCUUCCCCCUCCUCUCCUUUGCUCGCCUCUCCUUUCCUCCCCUCUCCAUUCCCGCCCGCUCCUUUCCCUCUCUCUCCUUUUCCUCCCUCUCCUUUCCCCUCUCUCCUUUCCCCUCUCCUUUCCCCCUUCUCCUCUCCUUCUCCCCACCACCUUGGCCCUCGUGCCUGCACCCGCCGCAAGCACGCAAUCGACCUAGACGCACCGGCGCUGCGCCUACUUACUCACCCACCCUCCCGCGCGCCGGCGGCUGGCCUGGCAGCGCGGGGGGUAGCAUCGAAGCGCUCUUGACGCGCGAAGCUUAA